AUCAUGAGUACGGACGCAGAGAUGGCCAUUUACGGCCAGGCGGCCAUUUUCCUCCGGAAGCCAGAGAAGGAGAGGAUUGAGGCCCAGAGCGCGCCAUUCGAUGCGAAGGCUGCUGCAUGUGUCACUGAUGUUAAGGAACUGUACGUAAAGUGUACCAUCAAUAAGAGGGAGGGUGGCAAAGUCACCGUCACAGUUUUGGCUACAAAAGAGAAGACAGUCAAGGAGGACGAUAUCACACCCAUGAACCCUCCCAAGUAUGACAAAAUUGAGGACAUGGCCAUGAUGACCCAUCUCAAUGAAGCCUCUGUGUUGUAUAACCUUGCAGAGCGUUAUUCAGCAUGGAUGAUCUAUACCUACUCUGGGCUGUUCUGUGCCACUGUAAACCCCUACAAGUGGCUCCCAGUGUACGACCAGUCGGUUGUCAAUGCCUACAGAGGCAAGAAGCGUAUGGAGGCUCCACCCCACAUCUUCUCUGUCUCUGACAACGCCUUCCAGAUUUGUUUAACAGAUAGAGAGAACCAGUCAGUCCUUAUCACGUAA